AGAUAUGGGCGGAAAUAUUUAUAGAACAUUGUUGUUUUUAACUUCUCUAUGUUUUGUUUUGUGUGAAUUAAAUCUCGAAGAAGAUGAACCUUGCGUAACUAGCGGUCUAAACGGAACGUGCGUUGGAGUAUUUCGGUGCCCUACCGCAUCUUUGACUUACCUUUAUGCCAAUGCGGGAUACAUCAAGUCACCUGACACAAUAUAUGACUACCCGGAUCUACCAGAAAUUUGCUCUUAUAAGAACAAGGAACCUGUAGUUUGCUGUACUGAUUGUAAUAUUUCUAAAGAUGAGCCAUUCCGUCAUACUUCUAUUGGACCUCUAGGGAUUCCUAGGGAUAAUAACGGCCCGAUUGCUUGGUCCAAAUGUCUAGACUAUUUAAAGGAUCUACCUUACCCAUGUCGGGGAGUAGGGAAUUUUCAAGUGAAAAAAAUCUGGAAAGCAGAUAAAAAAUGUCAUGUGUACCAGUUACAGAACGCAUUAGCAGUUGGAGGAAGAGAUGCUCAAAGAUGGGAAUUUCCUCAUAUGGCUCUUCUAGGAUAUGGAGAUGACGAGAACUCCGCACAAUGGUUGUGUGGAGGAACCGUGAUCAGCGAAAGAUUCAUACUCACUGCUGCACACUGCAUAUCUACAAAAGCUUUGGGCAACGUGUCAUAUGCUGCACUUGGACUGCUAAAACGUACUGAUCCGAAGGAGUUAUGGAACAUACAUAAAAUCAAGAGAAUCAUUCCUCAUCCUGAAUACAGUGCUCCUUCCAAAUACCAUGAUAUCGCACUUUUGGAAACCGAAACCGAGCACGAACACCUCGCCUGGUCGGAGGAUCCUCCCUUUUCAAUGGAGGAUGAGGAACUUUCCACCCUGUUCCUCAUACCUCUAAACUGGUGA